AUGGAAACUGCUUGGGCAACACGGUAUAUGCUGGUGAUCCAUCUCACCAAAAUCUCGACUCCACCCGCUCCCGCUGUUCAGGAUAUGGGGCGAGCACGGGCAGCGAGCGCUGGAGCAGGCGCGCGUGUGCCUGCUGACAGCAGGACCCACAGGCACGGAGGCGCUGAAGAACCUGGUGCUGGGAGGGAUAGGAGGGAGUGUGCGUUCAUCCACCUAAGCCAUGCCUUGUCUUGUUUUGCCAUUUACAGGAUAUGGGGCGAGCACGGGCAGAGGGCGUUGGAGCAGGCGCGCGUGUGUCUGCUGACAGCAGGGCCGACGGGCACGGAAGCUUUAAAGAACCUGGUGCUGGGAGGGAUAGGCUCCUUCACCGUCGUGGAUGGCGCCACUGUGGAGGCCCACGAUCUGGGGAACAACUACUUCCGUGAGUCCUGGCGGUUCGCAUGGGUGGUGAGUGGUGGAGAUGAUACUUGGAUCGCACCCACCUGGGCACUGGACCGCACCCACCUGGGCAAAUCGCGAGCGCAGGCGGUGACAGCGCUGCUGCAGGAGCUGAACGAGAGUGUGGCGGCGAGGUUCGUGGAGGAGAGCCCUGCCACGCUCAUUCAAGACAACGCCACGUUCUUCAGCGAGUUCACCCUCGUCAUCGCCACCCAGCUGCCGGAGUCAGUGCUACUGCAGCUGGACUCGGUGUGUCGGCAGCACGGCUGUCAGCUCAUAGUGGCACGCUCCUAUGGGCUCAUGGGUCUCAUCCGCAUCUCCUCUCCGGAGCACUGUGUGGUGGAGGCGAAGCCAGACAACACAGUGGACGACCUGAUACGCAUCCCGUCCAUAGCAAGAGAAGUCGCUCUUUUUGUUGUUUUGACCUGUUCAGCAUAUUCUCCCCCCUCACUCCCAGCCUGCCGUCAUCUGCGGCAGGGCGCGAAUGGGUUCGAUUUGGGCAUGGAGGAACCCAUGCUGCACAUGCAUCUGCCCUUCAUCCUUCCUACCCCGAUCAAGGACAUGUUUGCAGAGGGGUUUGAUCUGGGUAUGGAGGAUGCGAUGCUGCACAGCCACAUCCCAUACGCUGUUGUCCUGCUGCACGCUUAUUCUUCCCACCCCCCCCCUUCCCUCCGCCUCCCCUUCCGUAUAAUCUCAGAGGGGUUUGAUCUGGGUAUGGAGGAUGCGAUGCUGCACAGCCACAUCACAUACGCUCUUGUCCUGCUGCACGCUUAUUCUUCCCACCCCCCCCCUUCCCUCCGCCUCCCCUUCCGUAUAAUCUCAGAGGGGUUUGAUCUGGGUAUGGAGGAUGCGAUGCUGCACAGCCACAUCCCAUACGCCGUCAUCCUGCUGCAGGCAGCGCAGCAGUGGCAGCAGGGGGGAGGGAGAGGGGAGGCCGGGGAAGCAGGGGCAGGAGGAUCAGGAGGAGGGGAAGAGGCGGCGCCGGUGGCGAUGCAAGCGGAUGGGGAGGGGCAGGGAGGGGCGGACGAGCCGCGAGCACUGCCUCGUAGCGCCAAGGAGCGAUCAGAGUUCAAGGUAGGGAGGGGGGAGGAGGUGGGGGAAGAGGGGCGUGGAGGAGUGACUCCAGUGCCUCAUGCGUUGAUCGCAGCACACCAGAGGCACAUGGACGAGGAUAACUUCAAGGAGGCCCCUCGCAAGUGCAUUCUGAGUCAACACAAAACACGCCUCCACACUUACGCUCCCUCGCAACCCCACACCCCACACGCACAGGCGUUGAUAGCAGCGCACCAGAGGCACAUGGACGAGGAUAACUUCAAGGAGGCCCUCGCUGCUGCGUACAAAGUGUGGUCGCCUCCCCCCAUAGGCUCGGAGCUGCAGGCCAUGUUCACCGAUGCAGCCAUGCAGCUCUCACACGCCUCCUCUGACUUCUGGGUGCUAGCUGCUGCGCUCAAGCUGUUUGUGGAGAAGGAGGGGGAAGGGGACCUCCCUGUUGAUGGCGCCAUACCCGACAUGCACUCCCUCACAGAUUUCUACGUGGCACUUCAGAGAAUCUACCUCAGCAAGGCGGAUGCUGACGUGGCAGCGGUGCAGCGCCACGUCAGCGACCUACUGAAGAGCAUAGGCAGGGACCCCGCCUCCAUUCCCCUCGCUACAGUCAAGCUCUUCUGCAAGAACGCGCGGAACCUGAGGGUGGUUCGCUUCAAGCCUUUGAGUGAGGAGUUUGGAGCAGGGGCGCCAGCUUGCAUUCCAACUCUGCAGCGGCUCAUGUCAUCUCCAGAUGGCAGCCAUGCAGCCCUGUAUGUGCUCCUGAGAGGCGCCGACCACUUCUAUUCCCAGUUCCACCGCUACCCCGGCUCUUUCCCCGGUGACGUGGACGAUGAUGACGUGGCACGGCUCAAGAGUCUGGCAGGCACUAUUGUCAGUGGAGGUGGCAGCCCCAGCCAGUCACCGUCGAUUCCGGACGAUCUGACGGCUGAGAUGUGCCGGUUUGGUGCCAGUGAGCUGCACUGUGUUGCUGCUGUGAUUGGAGGGGUGGCAAGCCAAGAAGCAAUCAAGCUUAUUACCAAGCAGUUCGUUCCUGUCUCGGGCACAUUGAUUUACAACGGGAUUUCUCAAUCGUCUUCAGUUAUCAACUUCAGUUAG